UCAUCAGGCUUGGCAAAUAAUUUUCCUAUGCUCAUCUCUUUAAAAAGCCUCCUUCUGAAAAUGAGAUGGCUUAUCUAAAGAACCUUGUAUAAUCAUGAGGUUGUUUCUUUUACUUGUUUUCAAUACUCUCAUCUUACUUAAAAAUGUGGAUGUGGGUUUUGCUGAUGAAGCGUCCAGGGUAGAUGGUGAUAGGCAAGCAUUACUUGCGUUGAAGUCUCAAGUUUCUGAAAACAGACGAGUAGUAUUGGCCUCGUGGAACCACUCUAUUCAGCUCUGCCAGUGGUCUCAUGUUACAUGUGGCCGCAAACACAAAAGAGUUACUGGUUUGGACCUUGGAGGGUUGCAACUUGGUGGGAUGAUCUUGCCGUCUAUCGGUAAUCUUUCUUUUCUCAGAGUACUUAAUCUUGGAGAUAACUCUUUUAGCGGUACCAUCCCAAAAGAGUUGGGAAUGUUGCUUAGGCUUCAAAAGUUGAACAUGAGCUACAAUACUCUUGAAGGAGUAAUUCCAAGCCUGUCUAACUGCUCUAGACUGGUGACCCUUGAUCUAACCUCAAACCGUCUUAUACAUGGUUUACCUUCCGAGCUAGGAUCGUUAUCUAGCCUUAAAAACUUGCUCCUAGAUAAAAACAACCUUUCAGGGACGUUUCCCACAUCUUUUGGAAACCUAACAUCUCUCCGUCAACUUUCCAUUGCAUAUAAUCAUAUGGAGGGGGAAGUUCCACAUUACAUAGGUAGAUUAACCAAUAUGAUAUAUCUCCAACUUUCAAAAAACAAUCUCUCAGGUGUUUUUCCUCCAGAAAUAUACAACCUUUCCUCACUUACGUUUUUAUCCAUUGUUGGCAAUCACUUCUCGGGUAGUCUUAGGCCCGAAUUUGGGAAUAUGCUUCCACAUCUUGAGGAGUUGUAUUUGGGGAUGAAUUCUUUUUCAGGAGAUCUUCCCAAAACGAUGUCCAAUAUCUCAACCCUUACACGUCUAGAGCUAGGACAAAACCUUUUCACUGGAUCUAUCCCCAUUAGUUUUGGAACAUUACACAAUAUUCAAAUGUUGGGGCUUAAUAAGAAUUCUUUUGGAAACAACUCAGUUGGAGAUCUUGACUUUCUUAGUGCUUUGGUAAAUUGCACUAAGUUGCAAGUCUUGGAUUUUGGUUACAACAGACUUGGAGGUGAACUGCCAAUCUUUGUAGCCAAUCUUUCUAACGAGUUGACCGAAAUGGACCUCGGAGGAAAUUUCAUCUCUGGAGGCAUUCCUCAUGACAUUGGGAAUCUCAUAAACCUACAAUCACUUGGCAUGGAAAAAAAUUUGUUGACAGGAGGAAUACCUACCUCUCUUGGAAAGCUUUUGGGGUUACAUGAAAUUUUAUUGAAUUCCAAUAGAAUGUCCGGAGAGAUACCAGCAAAUCUCGGAAACAUCACUCGGUUAGAAAAUCUGAAUUUGUUUGACAAUAGUUUCCAAGGGAGCAUUCCUCCAAGUCUUGGAAAAUGUCGGUUUCUUUCAUACCUUCACGUCGGAUCAAAUAGGUUAAACGGGACUAUACCUCAAGAAAUCAUGCUAAUAGAGUCUCUUCUUAUCUUGUAUAUAUCAAAAAACUUGUUGACUGGACCGUUUCCAAAAGAUGUUGGAAGAUUAAAAUUCCUUGUUUUGCUAUCAGCUGGAAACAAUAGAUUUCAUGGAAACAUCCCAGAGACGUUAGGGAGCUGUCUCUCCAUGGAAGGAAUUUCCUUGCAAGGAAACAGAUUCGAUGGAGCCAUUCCAGAUAUCAGAAACUUGAGAGCUCUUAAAAUCUUUAAUUUAUCGAACAACGAUUUGUCCGGCAGUAUACCUGAGUACCUAGCAAACUUUCCCUCGUUAGAGUAUUUAGAUCUCUCUGUUAACAACUUUGAAGGAAUAGUUCGGACAAAAGGAUUGUUUCAAACUCCUGAAAAAUUUUCAGUAUCCGGUAAUGAAAAGCUUUGUGGAGGCAUCCCUGAACUAAAGUUAAGGCCGUGCCCUCUAAACUACGUUUCAAGGGCAAGAAGACAUCCAUCAAACAGAAAGAAAAUUUUCAUCGGUGUCAGUGUUGGUGUAGCUUCUCUGUUGUUGUCACUGUUUGCUCUGAGUCUACUAUACAUGCGUAUGAAAGGUAAGAAGAAAGACGGUGCAAACAACGCCGACAACUUGCUGUCAGUGUCUCCGUUCUAUGAAAGAAUAAGUUAUGAGGAGCUUCGAAGAGCGACUUGCGAGUUCUCAUCAAGCAAUUUGAUUGGUUCAGGAAACUUUAGCUCUGUUUUUAAAGGGUUGCUUGGUCCCGAGUCCAAAGCUGUUGCAGUUAAAGUUCUGAAUCUCCAAAAGCAUGGGGCAGCCAAGAGCUUUAUGGCGGAAUGUGAAGCCUUGAAAAGUAUAAGGCAUCGAAACCUUGUGAAACUAGUGACAGCUUGUGCAAGCAUUGAUUUCAAUGGAAAUGAAUUCAAAGCUCUUGUGUACGAUUUUAUGCCCAAUGGAAACCUAGACACGUGGCUGAACCCAGAGGUUGAAGUUGGAAGCUCUAAAAGUCAUGAUCCAAGACCAUUGAAGCUAAGUGAAAGACUGAACGUAGCCAUAGAUGUGGCUUCAGUUUUGGAUUAUAUCCAUUCCCAGUGUCAUGACCCUGUAGCUCAUUGUGAUCUAAAGCCAAGCAAUGUUCUUCUGGACAUUGAUCUAACAGCCCAUGUCAGCGACUUUGGUCUUGCUCGAAUCCUCGACCAGGAAUCCUUCAUCAAGCAGUUGAGCUCCACGGGUGUCAGAGGAACCAUCGGCUAUGCAGCACCAGAAUAUGGAAUGGGAGGAAAACCAUCGAGACAGGGAGAUUUGUACAGUUUCGGAGUUCUUGUGUUGGAGAUGUUUACUGGGAAGCGUCCAACUGAUCAACUCUUUGUUGGAGGUUUAACUCUCCGUAGCUAUGCCGAGUCGGGGCUGCCCGAACAUGUACUUGAAAUCGCUGACACAUCGAUUCUCCACGAUGAAGUUAACAACAAGAACAUCAACAUUGCUGAGUGUUUGAAGAUGGUGUUUCAUGUGGGAUUAAGGUGUUGUGAAGAAUCUCCCACAAAUCGGAUGACGAUGGCUGAAGCUUUAGCUGUAUUAGUGUCACUCAGAAACAGGUUCUUUAUAACCAAGAGGACAACAUUCAGGGCACGUCGUUAGCUUUGGGUGGUCUAAAACACUUAUAUAUACAGUAUGUGGCCUCAUAAUCAACAAGACAACAAUGUAUUCUAUGCCGACGACGGUGACAGUUAUGGAGAUUUGAGACGGCAGUGGCAGUGUUUACGAAGUUAAGACACGGUGGCGGUGGUGUUUGUGGAGAUUAGAGACGGGCGACGGUUUCUCUAAUUGUACUUUCUCAAGGUUGUCUAUUUUCUUCUUCUUCUUCUUCUUCUUUUCUUUGUUUAGUUUUCUAUAUAAGGAUCGUUUGUGUUAUUAUUGCCUUGAAAAAAUAA